GUGGGCAUAAUAAGGUAAAGGAAGCAUCAUCAUCUUGUUACAGCAGUUCUCCAGCGAAGAACAUACAUCGUAUUCAAAAGACGCAAAUGUAUUAUAGUUUUGGACCUCAUAAAAUCGAUGUGGAGGACGUGUUCUACACCACCGAUCUUAUAUUCGUUUUUGUGAAUCUACGCCCUGUUCUUCCUGGUCAUGUGCUGGUUUGCCCAAAGCGUGAAGUAAAGCGAUUUGCUGACCUUACGAUAGAGGAGACUAUUGAUUUGUGGGUUACAGCUAAAAGAAUCAGUAAUCUGCUCGAGAACUACCACAAUGCAUCUUCUCUCACGUUUACGAUCCAAGAUGGGCCGCAAGCAGGCCAAUCGGUUCCACAUGUUCAUGUCCAUAUUGUCCCACGGAAAGUUGGAGACUUUGAGAAUAAUGAUGAUAUCUAUGAAGCAAUCGAUGAGACGGAAAAGGAGUUAGCAGAGAAGACACUAGACUUGGACAAGAAGCGGAAGGAUAGAAGUGUGGAGGAGAGGGUUCACGAAGCCACUCAAUACCGGAAGCUUCUCUUAUAGUUUAAGGUACCACAACCUACAAACGUAUGCCAAUUAAGCCAGCCAUGGCAGUUAAGGUAGUUAAUUACAUGGCAGUUAUGGUAGUUAAUAAUGGAAGCAGUUUCGCUAACCUAUGAAAGGGUGCGAUGAUUGGCUUAGAGGGUGUUACCCUUUCAAUAUCUAUUUAUUGUAAACUUUAUAUUGUAUUUGUGACUAAUGAAAUUAUAAUAAAACAGAAGGUUUGCUUGGUAUCA